AAGAAAGUUUCCGGAUAUUUUUUACAGAGUUCAGUGAAUGAACCAAAGACAGACGCUGCUGUCAAACAUGAAGUCAAGAGCUUUAUGUCUGCUGGUGCUCCACUGUUUUAUCAAUGUCUGUGAUUUUCAUCCACUCAUCCGUCCCCGAAAUGGACUUCGUGAGUGUCGCAAAAACUCAUCUUUAACAGCACUGGAGGUUCUACCAGGUGGUGGAUGGGACAACCUACGCAACAUAGACAUGGGACGGGUGAUGAACCUGAGCUAUUCUCAGUGCCAGACAACAGAAGACGGUGCUUAUCUCAUUCCAGAUGAAGUCUUUGUCGUUCCACAGAAAAUAAGUGGAGUGGAAACAAACUCUGAGAUGAUCAUGUCAUGGCUGGAGCAGAAAAGUUCCACUUCAAGCUCUAUAAAUGCGGACGUUUCCUUCUACUCAGUGGUUAAUGCAAAAUUCUCAACUGAAAACCAACGUAUGAAGACCCACCAAGUCAAAGACAACUCUGUAACAGCUCGGGUUCAAGUACGUAAUCAUCUGUACUCAGUAAAGGCGUAUCCUGACUUCACUCUGGACUCUCGCUUUGCUCACCAGGCGGAAGAAAUUGCAGACGCUGUUGAGAACAAUCAAACCCGUCAAGCAACUUAUCUGUCAGAGAAACUUAUUCUUGAUUAUGGUACUCAUGUUAUCACAAGUGUUGAUGCCGGUGCCACUUUACUGCAGGAGGACUAUCUUAAAAUGUCCUAUGUCUCUAACAGUCAGUCAGACAUGACUUCCAUCUCUGCAUCGGCUGGCUUUAACUUUUUUGACAAAGUAAAAUUCGAUAUUGGUGGCAAGGAUUCUCAUGGAAGUUCUGAAACAAGCUGUUAUCAGGGUAACAUCACAUAUUCCAUAGUUCAGAGUCAUGGAGGGGCUUUAUUUUAUCCUGGCAUCACUCUGCAGAAGUGGCAGGAGAGCACGCUCAAUAAUCUGGUGGCUAUUGACCGCUCUGGUCUGCCCCUGCACUAUUUUCUCAAUCCAACGACAUUUCCAGACCUUCCAGUCCCGACAGUGAACAAAAUUGCUUUAUCAGUUAAACAUGCUAUCGAGAGUUACUACAAAGUUAACACCAUUCCCGGGUGUGUAAAUCCAGAUUCAAAAAAUUUUAACUUUCAGGCAAAUGUGGAUGAUGCAUCUUGUGAGGGCCCGGUCACUAAUCUUACCUUUGGUGGCGUUUACCAAACAUGUAAUCCAUUGACAUCAGAUGGAAAUGUCCUCUGUGAUGAGCUAGCACAGAAAAAUCCAGCCACGGGUGAUUUUUCAUGCCCUCAAGUGUACACUGCCACUCUGUUGCGCUCGGAGACGGAAGAAAGAGGUUACAAUAAAUAUGAGUGCCACAGACACUGUCAUUCAUGUGGUUUCUUGUGGUUGGACACUUGUUGUGACCAAACAUGUGGUGAUGCUUAUCGUGUCAGUAGUGCAAAAAUUGACACAUACUGGUGUUCCACAUCUCAGAAGACACCUGAGAACUCUGGAUAUCUUUUUGGAGGCCUGUAUGGACCGUCUUUACAAAACCCAAUAACCAAAUCUCGUGGCUGUCCUCCAAAUUUCUUCACCCAGAGAUUUUUGUCAAAUGGCAUGAUGGUGUGUCUGAGCAAUGAUUAUGAGACAGGAACUAGGUUCUCUGUUCCUUUCGGUGGUUUCUUUAGCUGUCAGUCCAGCAACCCUCUUGCGAACGAUCAAUCUCGCUGUCCUACUCAGUUUAGUCAACAUUUAGCUGCUAUUAGUGAUGGCUGUCAGAUAUUGUUCUGCGUCCAGUCAGGUGUUUUUACCGGUGGUCAGUUAAAGCCUGUCCGUCUCCCACCAUUCUCGAGACCACCACUGGUAAGCAUGAUGGCAACAAACACUAUUGCUGUAAUGACAGAAGGCGAUCGGUCAUGGGUACGAGUUGAAAGAACUAAGAUGUGGCGACUGGCAAAGCCUGGUGAAAUUAAGCAAAUGGCAUCGAUGUUUGACGCACCUUCUCAGAUGUCUGGAGGAGAGAAGGCAGGUUUAGCUGUUGGUCUGAUUGCUUUAAUCGCUCUUUUCGCGGCAGGAACAGUGAUUCUAGUGAAAAGAAGGAGAUUUUCUGGUCUUGGUGUAAGCAGAGGGUAUGAAGAGCUUCAUAGUCAGAGUCACAGUGAGAGUGGUGUAGAGAACCAGAGAGAACAACAGAUGGGAACUGCCAAUGAAAACCCUAUUCAGCCUAUAUAAGCACCAUGAUCUUUUUAAAAUGGCUGCUUGGUGAUUUACAGUUAAAAUUCAAUGUAACUUUAUUAGCAUUAAUCGUUCUAUAAAGACCACUCAUCUAAUUUCUUGUUAUCCUUCUAUUUUAAAACUAAAUACAAUAUUACAGACAAGUAUUGUAAUCAGUUUUGGUAAAAUACACCAGUAAAACAUUUAGACAAUUAUUUUCGUCAAUGUACGUCUCUACAAUCUGUACUAAUAUGAACUGUAAAGCUAGCUGAAAUUUCUUGAAAAUGUUAUUGUACAACUUACAGACCACUAUACAGUGGAUAUUUAAAAUAUCCACUGUAUCUAUAUGAAUAUUAAAAAUGAUUUAGAGGGAACCACAAAAUGUUUAAUGUAAUAUGUGUUCAAUGUACAAAAAGUUAUUUUUAAUAAUGGGACCAUUGUGAAAUAAUUAUGAUUAACAUUAACAUAAAAAGAGGGGCAGGAAGAAAAAUUGGGACGCAGAAUGCUUUGUGUGAAUGCUAUAUAUAUACAUCUGUAUAUCUCUGUCUAUUACUUUUCAUUUUAUGAUGAAUAAAUUCUCCAAAAAAAGAA